AUGUGGAAAACGGCAUGUGACAUGGCUCCUGUAUUGGUGCCAGUCAUAAUAUUGUGUUUUCAAGUGAUUGGUCUCUUCGGUAAUAUCAACCUGAUCGCAGCGACUGUACGAACAAAUAGCUUGCACACGAAACACGGCGUGCUACUGGCUCUGACAUCUCUAUACCAGUCGUUCUGCCUGCUGGGUGAAUUGGCAUUUGCAGUCGUUGGUUUGUAUGGUACAUCUUUACACAGGCACACGUGCUUCACUCUAAUGGUUCCUUAUUUAAUAUUC